AUGCCAGAGCUAAAGCCGAAACAGAAUGGCAAAGAGGAGACUGGCGUGCCAGCCAAAGAGGCCAACGGCCCGUCUUCCGACAUCAUCGCUCUCGUCUCAUCGAGCGAGAUCUUCCAGCAGCUGCUCCAGAUCGACGUUGAAAACAAGCGGCUGAAGGAACGAAACGCGGCACUCGAAGUGACUAAUAAUACAAAUAUGGACACGAUUUCGGAGAAGCGUGACGCCUGGUCCGCCGAGAAGGCGGCGUUGGAGCGUGCGCUGCAGAGCGAGCGAGACGAGACCAAGACCCUGCGCGAGGCCAGGGCCAAGGCGGACGAGCUGUCCCAGCAGAUCAAGAACCAGGAGCGCCAUAUCCUCGCGCUGGGUGAGAAGAUCAAGAAGAAGGGUGUCGAGAUUGGUCGCCACCAAGCUCUAUGCGAGACGGCCAAAGAGGAGCUCGAAAGGGAAAGGUUGAACGCGAAGGUCUUGGGCGACUCCUUUCAGAAGACUCAGCAGGAACUAGACUGCAGAAAGAAGGAUCUGGCAACGGCGAACGAGACCCUUGUCGAGAUCCAGUCUUUUGUUACGCCGCUACAGCCCCUGGCAAAUCGCAAAACGCAAAUUCAGGAUGCGCUGGGAAAUGUGUUUCGCCAGUUCCUAGAUCUCUUUGUUGCCGAGUUUGGUGGCGACGUCAAUCUCGGCGUGCCAGCUGCGGAGGCAAUGAAAAAUUUCCGCCCGCUGCCAGCAUCCAGCUCUACAGCUGCAAAGCGGAUGAGGGUCGCUGCCGCUCUUGAAAUAUCCGGCGAGGCCCUCAUUCAGCAUGUCUUCCGGCAGCCGCUCGUGAAUCAUGACCUGAACGGCGCGUUGAAGACCGCGGCCAUGCACGAUCCGGAACACGCAGCGUAUGUUCGUGCCAUUCUCCUGCGUUUGCACAAGCUGCUACUAGAGGAUGAGCAGAAGCAGAUACAGGAGGUCAACGUUCAGAACGCGGUGGGAGAAAUUACGACUGCACUGGGGAAAGUGACGCCCCGGGCGGCAUCUGGGCUUGCGCCGAAACUGAAGCCGCUCUGCGAUGCGGCUGCCGAGGCCUGGAAUUUGACGCUGGAAGUCGAGAACAAUAUCGAGGCGCAUUUGCAAUUCGAGGAGGUGCCCGGCGAAUGGCGCUCUGUACCUCUCGCGGAGACGGACAAGAAGCAGCCGUCUUCCAGUGCAGCAGCAGCAGCAGGCAACGGCAAGUCGCCAGCCCCACCGAAUCAGCAGCAGUCGCAACAACCCUCGCUCAGCGAUGCGGAUGUAGUGAGGGUUGUCUGGCCGGCCUUGACGGCGCACGUAGCCGAAGCGGAAGGGCAGGCCGAGUUUGAGCUUGUGAGCUGCGGCUACGUCCUGACGUGGGCACAGACGAAGGAGGCCGAGGUGGAGGUGGAGUCGGCGUGCAAGCAGGCACGGCAGGAUAUUAGGCGUCAGGCGAUGUCGGCGACGGCAGAGGGAAAAAAAAGACGAAAUUCCUCUGUGUACAUUCGGGGCAUGUCGGUCGUGUCCAACGGGGGUUAA